UGUAGACUGACGUGACGUCACGUGAGUAGAGAAAGGAAGAGGAUAGAACAAUCUCUCAGGACAGGACAAUACUGCGAACGACGAAGACGUCGACACACAAUCUUAUUAAGCAUUAGAUUGUAUGAAACUACUUUUAGGCGUACGUACAACAGGUCAGAUUGUGUCAGUGGAGCUAGGUUGUUGUGGUACCGACCCAGAAACGACCGAGUAUUAAGUGAUGCUGUCACCGGGGAGUCCUUCCAAAUGGCAAAUGCAAUAUUCCCUCUCCUCGACCCCCAGUUCUCUCCAGUACAGUGAGAGUGACCAGACGGAGGACGAAUCUGAGGUCUUCACCUCUGAGAGUAAAGCCGCAGGAGUUGCGCCUGAUCCAAAGCUAUUCUCCUUGGCCAACGGGAGCUCUCAAAAUUCCAAAUCGACCUUUGUGAACCAGAAGAGUGAUAGAGUUGAAAUUGGUCAAACUGGAUGUUUCUCGGCAUCUCCAGCUUACAACAGUGAGAACCCAGUGCCAUAUGAAAGGAUUCCCACAGAGGGAGACCUGAGGUUUGCACGCAAAUGUUCAGACCUGCACGGGUACAUCAGGCCUCUGUUGGGGCUGUUGAAUGGGUUGAAAACAGGUCGAUAUGAAAAAGGUUUGAGCACAUUUCAGCAGAGUGUUGCCAUGGAUAGACUGCGAAGGAUUGUGGGUGUUCUACAAAAACCUGACCUUGGGGAGAAGUAUAUGGGCACUAUUCUGCAGUUGGAGAUGAUGUUAAAGGCUUGGUUCCCUCAGGUGAGGCCUCAGCAUCGCGAUGGCACCCCUUCAUUCCAAAACUUUAUGACUAGUCUGCCUCCACGCUGGAAUCAGGACCAGUUACAUAUUCCUGUAAAGAAACGCAGAUUAAGUUGGUCAGACUCUGACUCGCAAAGUUCCUCAAGCAGCAAACGUAUUCUACAGGACGAUCGAGGACCAAGCCCCAGCGAUACUAGCUCAUGGCUCAGCAACUCUGAAACCACAUUUAGCGAACUCGAAGACAGUGCAAUCUGUACUAAUCAAAGUAAAAUGACACCUGAAUCCAAACACAUCAAAAACAGCCAUCUUCAAGUUCAGCAAAAGACAAACUCCUUAAACGAAACCCCUGUGACUGUGAAAGGAAGACCGCCUCCGCUUGUAAUACCACCAUCAGCCACAGAUGGCAGCAUUUUGUUUAUGCAGGAUUGGUCGGUGUCCUCCACGACUCCUACUUCUGACCCACCAGCAGACUUGAUUAUAAGUGGGAAAGAUUUGGGCGAAUCCGUAAAAGGAGAGGGGCCAGAAAAACAGGUUAAUUGUAAACGUCAUUGCACAGAGAUGUUAAACACAUAAUGUUUUGAAGUUUCUCGCAUUUAAAGGAAUGGCCAUUUUUUUUUUUCCAGCCUGUUGAUAUUGGAAAAUCAUUGUUUUUCACAAAGUGAAAAGUGUUGUUCAGUUACUCGGACUUUACCUUCUGCCACAACACAGAAGUUAUCAUAUGUACAGUAUGGCAUAAGAUUUGUUUUUAUAAGAUUAUAGAUUCUACAUUUCUUAAGUCCUAAGAGGUCAGAGAUGUGUCUUAAAAUACGUGCUUGAGCCAUAUGGUCAACCGGUGAAACAUGCACAGAUAUCACUCUACUGCACUGCCUUUCAUGAUAACACAAGCUUCCGACAAUAUUUAUGAAGCUAGAAGAAUAGUCUGAUAAAACAUCCAGACAAUAUACCUUAAUAAUGUCCUUUUGACUUGAAUUGAGAACCACUUUGAGCAAUGAAUGGAAUAGAUUUGUGGUAUGGGAGGAUAUUUUCGAGGCAGUUUUAUUUAUUACUUCUUUACUUGAACAUUCUGUGAUCUUAUAAGCAGCCUUAAAAUGACCCUUGAGAGUCCGAACAUGUGGGCCAUUUUAAUUGCUCAAUGUUGUAUUUUUAUUAAGAUACAGAGAGCCAAACAACUGAUGGGAUGCAUCAUGAAGUGUUAUUCUAUAAUCUGGGAAGCAAAUGGUCAUUUAUUGAAAAUUUUCUUGCCAAACACAGUUUGCACAUUUAUGUUAUUCUGCUUCCAUAUUGUAAUAGUUCAUUUUGUCACAGAAAUCUAGGUUUUUGUUUUAGAAUAUUGCUGUUUCCUUCUACUCACCUAAAAAAAGGCCCUUUCCAUUUAAAAUUAGUUUUGAAAAUCAGCAUUGUAAUUAUUAACCAUUCUCUAAAACAUUAUGUUCAAGUUAAUUCGAGUAUGUGGAGUGUCCCACACUGUAAAGAUCACAAUGAGGAAGAUAAGACUUUUAUUUACCUUUUUGUAGAAAUUAGAGAUACAUUAUUUAGCUUCACGCAUGUAGUCACAGCUGUAUGAGCUGUUGUGAAAUUAUACGAGUUGUUGCCAUCAUAAUGGAGAUUGUACUAUUGUACUAAGGGAAAAGUGCAUAUGAAGAUAUAUUGAUUAACAUUAAAAUGCACUUAACAGCUUCAUGUAAUUGUGAAGGUACAAUUUUGAGGAAAAUAUAUUUUUUAAAUAAAUAAAAAAAUCUUCCUCAAAAUUAAAAAAGUCAGGCAUUGUAGCACUGUUCUUAUUUUCUGUUGAUUGUUUUGAACCCAUUUUCUUUUACUGUUAAUAUAUCAAAGUUUUUCCGUCAAGGUUGCUGAAAUGUUUUUCAACGUUCCACUUUUUGAUAUCAUUAAAUGUUUCAAAGUUUCUUA